AUGGUUUAUAUUCGACAUAUACCACGAAUAGAAAACAUGAUAGCUAAUGAUUUGGCUCAAAUUGCAUCCGGGUACAAAAUUUCGAAGGAAAAGUUACACAAAGUCAUAGAAGUUAGGGGAAAGGUGGUGGAGACCAGACUAAUUCCUUCAGAUUUAGAAAAGACUAAGCUAGGAUGUGCUGAUGAAGGAAAUUUUGAAAUAUUGGCAAUAGACAGUUUGACGGAUGGAGAUUGGAUAAAGCCAAUAGUGGUAUACCUGCAGAAUCCCACAGCAUCUACUGAUCGAAAAACCAGGUUUGUAAUUCCAGAGACAAUCACAACAGAUCAAGGAUCAGUAUUUACUGGUCGGAAAAUGCAGGAAUUCGCCAAAGAAAUGGGUUUCAAAUUAUUAACGUCAACAACCUAUUAUGCUCAGGCCAAGGAACAAGUUGAGGCUGCCAAUACGAUGAUCAUUGGUUUGAUCAAAAAGCAUGUAGGGAAGAAGCCUAGGAAUUGGCACAAAACUCUGGACCAGAUUUUUUGGGCAUGUCGUACGUCCCAUAAAGAGGCUACUAAGUCGACCCCCUUUCGCCUAACUUUUGGCCAUGAUGUUGUCUUGCCAGUAGAAAUUCACUUACAAUCCCUAAGGAUUCAAAGGCAACAUGAACUCCCAACUGAAUCAUAUUGGAGCAUGAUGUUGGAUGAAUUGGUUGAUCUAGACGAGGAAAGGUUAAAUGCUUUAGAAUUACUAAGGCAACAAAAGAAGAGGAUAUAA